AUGCUGUCUUUCACCCGAAGUCGCAGGUCUAUUUACCUGUUGCUGGCUUGCGCGGCAACAUCAAUAUGUCUGAUCAAUCUCCUUUAUCUCACAGAGACGGUGGACAGUCCGCGCUUGUCUGGGUUCACCUUUUUUGGAAGACCAAAGCCUGUAGGGGAAUAUGCCCACGAUGGACAUCCGAUUGUUGGUCUUAUGCGGGAAGCCAACCGCCAAUGGCUGGCAUACGAUAACAGUCGCUCGACAAAUUUCCGCCGGACAGUGGCCAAGUACCGUGAGACAUAUGGACGGCACCCACCUCCGGGCUUUAAAGAGUGGUAUAUGUUUGCGCGCCAAAACAAUGCGCAUAAUGUGGACGACUUUCAGCAAAUUACCGGCGACUUGCGACCGUUUUGGGCAUUAGCUCCAGCCGAUAUCCGGAAAAUGGCAGCCAAGCUCCAGCAUAGCGAUGGAAUUGCUGGUGUGCGUAUCCGGGACCACGAGGUUUCUAUCGAUGUGGAAAGCUGGCGACCAGAGACCUUGCGGCACUCGAUCAAACGUAUCGCCAAGUAUCUUCCAGAUAUGGAUAUUGCGCUCAAUGUCAUGGACCAGCCUCGAGUCAUGGUUACCUAUAAUGACACACAGGAACAUCUUCGCUUGGAAGUACUCAGCAGAAGUCUGCCGAGCGAUGCGCUUGAUCAAUUCACUUUGGGAAUGGAUCAUCUGUAUGAGAAAGAUUCUACUAUUGAGGGUGUGGAACCAGAAUGGUUUUCGAUCGCAGGACGGCCAUAUAUGAACUUCGCCAAUGAAUCAUGCCCACCGGAUUCUCCUGCUCGCACCAAUAUCACGAUCAAGAACGCCGAUAAACUGUACAAGUCGCCGUCGGCUGGUUUCAUCACUAAUUUCACGGCCUCCUCGGAUCUGUGCACGGUCGGUCCUGUUCUGGGAGACACUCAUGGUUUCUUGUUUUCGGCAUCCAGCAAUGUCAUUUCGAGAAAAUUGCUCCCGGUUUUCAGCGAGUGCAAGGUCAGCGUGAACAACGAUAUCUUAUUCCCCGCGAACAUGUACUUCAUGGACGACAAGCGGUAUGUCUACAAUUCGCGCCACGAUAAUGAAUGGGAAGACAAAUCCGACACCCUCCUUUGGCGUGGCGUCACCUCUGGAGGAAUCCAAGUUGCGGAUAAUUGGCACAAGCUGCAUCGUCAACGCUUUGUACAGGCCGCCAACGGCACCGAAAUGGAAUCAAAAACGGUUCCAAUCCUCGUCGAGAACAACAUGAAGCAGUAUCGAAACUUCUCCGCCUUCAACCCCAGUAACUUUUCAUUGGAUCAUUUCGACGUUGGCUUCACUGAGGCCUGGGGUUGUAUUCCCAACUGCUCCUUCUAUGACGAUGUUUGGACAUACAAAGAGCCGAAGGACUUCAGUCAGCAAUUUAAAUCAAAGUAUCUUGUCGACAUCGACGGACACAGCUUCUCCGGCCGCUGGCGUGCCUUCCAACUCAGCAAAUCCCUAGGCAUCAAAGCCACCAUCUUCCGCGAAUGGCACGAUUCCCGACUCUUCGCCUGGCGCCAUUUCGUCCCGAUGGACAAUCGCUACGAUGAUCUAUAUGCCUUGAUGACUUACUUCAUUGGCCUGGGUAACUCAUCAUCCAGUAUGUUGCCCGGGUCUGAGGAACUAUAUGUACAGAGCCACGACUUCGAAGCUGAGGUGAUUGCCGCUCAGAGUCGGGAGUGGGCGCAGCAGGCACUGCGCAAUGAAGAUCUCGACAUUUAUCUCUAUCUUCUUUUGCUUGAAUAUGGUCGCAUUACGGAUGAUAAUCGUGAUAGCAUUGGGUACAGUGGAGACGGAAGCGAGCUAGAUUCCUUUGAUGCGCAAUACCCUUUUGCUAUGCCCAUACAGAUGGUUGUUGGUGAUCACCCUGAUACCCCUUGA